GGGGCUCAAGGCGGGCUCUGGCCAAUAUGCGCCUCAUGUAAAUACCUUUGGAGGGGCGGGGGAGAGAAGCGUCGAAUUUCAAAAAAAAACAAACCCCCCACAGUCCCGGCGGGCGGGCGCGCGCGAUGGGCGCUCUUAGGCUGCGGGAGCGAGUGGAGGAUGCUGGGAAGGAGGUAAAAUGGCCACCGGCGGCGGCACGGAGGAGGAGAAGAAGCGGGGGCGGCCGCAGCUCCUGCCCCCGGCGCGGCCUGCUGCCCGGAGCGAAGAGCCGGAGGGCGGCCGCGAGAAGCUGGGCUGGGCCCAGGUGGUGAAGAACCUGGCCGAGAAGAAGGGCGAGUUCCGCGAGUCGCGACCACCGCGGCGGGAGGAAGAAAGCAGCGAAGGCGCACUCGGCGCCCCGGCGGGCUUGGCAGCACCAGGCUUCGGUGACUUCCCCCCAGCUGGCCGCGGGGACCCGAAGGGCCGUCGGAAAGAUCCUGCCGGCGAGGCAGCGGACCCUCGCAAGAAGAAAGGCACAGCAGAGGCGAGCAGGAGAAAGAAGGCCGAGACGGCGGCCAUGGCGGCCCCGGCCAGACCCGGCACGGCCGAGGACGCGGCCGAGCGGCCCCACCAGGACGAGCAGGCGGCCGGGGCGGGUCCCGCGGCGGGCCAAGGCAAGGGUCGCUUCCUCGUGCGUAUCUGCUUCCAGGGUGACGAGGGCGCCUGCCCGACCCGGGACUUCGUGGUGGGCGCGCUCAUUUUGCGUUCCAUUGGCAUGGACCCGAGCGACAUCUACGCGGUCAUCCAGAUCCCGGGCAGCCGUGAGUUCGACGUGAGCUUCCGCUCGGCGGAGAAGCUGGCACUGUUCCUACGAGUCUACGAGGAGAAGCGCGAGCAGGAGGACUGCUGGGAGAACUUUGUGGUGCUGGGGCGGAGCAAGUCCAGCUUGAAGACGCUCUUCAUCCUCUUCCGGAAUGAGACGGUGGACGUGGAGGACAUCGUGACCUGGCUCAAGCGCCACUGCGAUGUCCUGGCCGUGCCCGUGAAAGUGACCGACAGGUUUGGGAUCUGGACCGGGGAGUACAAAUGCGAGAUCGAGCUGCGCCAGGGGGAGGGCGGGAUCAGGCACUUGCCGGGGGCCUUCUUCCUGGGGGCCGAGAGGGGAUACAGUUGGUACAAGGGGCAGCCCAAGACGUGCUUUAAAUGUGGUUCCCGGACCCACAUGAGUGGCAGUUGCACGCAGGACAGGUGCUUCAGGUGCGGGGAGGAGGGGCACCUGAGCCCUUACUGCCGGAAGGGCAUCGUGUGUAAUCUCUGUGGCAAGCGAGGACACGCUUUUGCCCAGUGCCCCAAAGCAGUUCACAAUUCCGUGGCAGCUCAGCUCACCGGCGUGGCCGGUCACUGAACACCCGCCAGCCUGCUAGCUGCCGGGGUGUGCACACAGCCAGCUUACCCCUCUUAAGUGCCAAAACUUUUUUUUAAACCAUUUUUUUAUCAUUUUUGAAGGACAUCUUUUUAAAACCUGCAAGAGACAUCUCUUUGCCUUCUUAAGCCGAGUUUACUCCAUUUCAGCCUUUUCUGAAUUGGUGACCCGCAUCAGUAAUUGACUGCCGAGAACUGUAAUGUGCAGAUAUAUCACCCUUCCCUUGUUUUAAAUUUUGGUUUUGUUUUUAUAUUUGAUUUUUUUUUUUUUUUUUAAAUAACUUCAACUCCUCACCCCAUACCAUGUCUUCUCCCCGGAUUGUCACCCUUUGGGCUGCCUUGCUCAUCUUUAUGCCCCAGCACUGUGUAUGGGGCCCAGCACGUGGUAGGCAUUCCAUCAGUGUUUGUUGAGUUGAAAACAAUGUCGGCUGUGGCUUCUAUCAGGAUGUCUACCUUUUGCAGCUCUUCCCCUCCCAUUUUAAUUUGCUGCUUCUAAUCUGUGUGGUCUGAGAAUUUGUGAAACCAGUGUUGUUAGAAGUGUAUGUAAAUCUGAUUCAAUAAGCUCUGAAUGGUGGGCAGGGGCCUCUCUUACGGCGAAAAAUGCAUGGAGUUUAUGACAGCCCUUUCAGCGGUUCAGAAGCCAUUUUUUAUAGAAUCAUGGACUCUAGAAUUUUCAUGCUGGUAAGAAUCUGAGGGUUGGUUUAGACCAAUCCCCUGGUUUUCCAGCAGGUGAAACAGAGGCCCAGAGAGGUUAAGUGACUGGGUCAAAAUCACAUCGCUGUCAGGUUCCAGAGCUGAGCCUAGAGUAGAGUUCCCUGACCCCAAGCCCGGUGCUCAUCCCACUACCUCUCACACUUCACAACAUUUUUUCCUUGUCACUUGAGGGCCCAGAAUGGUGAGCCCAGAGGAAUGCCGAGAAAUCAUCUGGGGGAGUGGCGCAGAGAGAGAAAGGUUAGCAGGGACUCCUGAAAACGGGAGAUAGGAGAAGGGUCAAGGAACAUACUCCAGGGUGUACUCGUUAACGUAGGGUACCACGUUUGGAAUAAAGUUUGCCAGGUCCUUUGAGAACCUUACCCUUCCUUCCCCAUUCAGUGCCAUUAAUGAGAAAUGGGUGCUCCCAAGUAAGGAAACCUAGCAAAGGUUUACAUUUGCACCUUAGCCUCAUAGCUAAGAACCCCAGAGAAGCAGCUAGCUUGAGCUCAUCUGCAACCCCCUGACUCUCAGGAGAAAGGCAGUUUUAACCCGGAAUUAUAAGUGAGUUAACGUUAAAAUGUACCUGCAAAAUAUGCCAAGCAAGAAGGCAUGGGUUAACUGUUAAUCAAGUUAAAGUAGAAAGGAUAGUACACUGCUUUUCUCUUAGUUUUUGUCCUUUGCUUUAUGUUUUGCUAUUUCUUUGUGGCUUAGAAUGUAAAAUCGAUUGUUAAAAGUUUGGUUCUGAAUAAAUAUUUAUCUUUUGUAUUGCUAA